GUCCAUUACCUGCAGGUUAUAACAUCUCUCAGUCGUCAACAUGCAGAAGCACGGAGCCAUGCUGUCUGCUUUAUGGAUUUUGCUUCUCCAUGUUUCUCCUCUCGGAUCCAUGAAAUUGACCCUUUUCAAAAGCCCGAGGGCGUCGCCAGAGGAUGGGGAUAUACGGUUGGCGGGUGCGAAGACCCACUCUCAGGGCCGGGUGGAGGUCUACCUUCACGGGGAAUGGGGAACCGUGUGUCACAACGGCUGGGAUCUGCCCGACGCGCAGGUGGUGUGUCGUCAGCUGCACUUCACAGGAGCCGUAUCUGCCGUCGCUGGAGGGACGUUUGGCGAAGGAUCCGGAGAGAUUUGGCUUGACCAGACGAAGUGUGUUGGCACAGAGAACUCUCUUUCUAACUGUUCCUACAAUGGAUGGGGAAUAAGUGAUUGCACACACAAGCAAGAUGCUGGAGUUAUUUGUGUAGCAGGCACUAGUGAGAACUAUGUGGACCAUAGUCUUGAAUUGUCUGAGGAUCUUGGGCAACUCUUUGACAGCGAGGAGGGCUGCGACUUCCUGAUCCACGGACAAACUUACACCGGCCUUAAACGAUACGAUGGGGAGAUGGUGAACACAACAGUGUGCGCACACAGGAUGAUCCUCUCACGUUUCCCUGGCUUCAACGCCUCUACUGAUGUUGACGAAAUAUCAAUUAAUCUCACCCAGACGUGCCGUCCUCAUCUACCCAGUUUGAUCAGGUACGUUUACACGCGGAGACUGGAAGUAACCACGACUACAGCCGAGUGUUUCCACCAGUUGGCUUCGCACUUUGGAAUGAGGAGGUUGAUGGAGGACGCCGGGCGCCUCUUCACCAAGCUUCUCCCUCAGGACCCCUCCUUCCUCACCCAGGUCUCCUUCUACGAGUACUCGGUGGAAGCGGGCGACCGGGUGCUGCAGGAGAACUGUCUCCAGUACAUGGCGUGGAACUUCCAGAAGCUCAGCACCUCCAAGGCCUGGAGCUCUGUGUCAGCAGAACUGCUGCAGGCCCUUCUGUCCCGCUCUGACCUGGUGGUGCCGGGCGAGACCUUCGUCCUGGCAGCGCUGGAGGACUGGGUCUCCCAGGUGAACCGGACGACCAGUGUGGAGCAGCAGGCCUUGUUGGCCCACGUGCGCUUCCCUAUGAUCCCCGCCAAGGAGCUCUUCGAGGUACGCUUCACCUCCGCCCUCUACUCCGCCCAUCAGACUCUGUAUCAGGAGAAGCUUCUGAAAGGGUUCGAAGCGCACUCGCUGCCCUUCGGCACUCUGAAGAACAGCUCCACUUUCCAGAGAAACGACCAGGAUUACCUGCCCAGGAUCUACACUGGCCCCCCGUGGAGCGUUACGUUUAACCAAAGCGGAGAAACCGUCCAGCGUCAGAUCAACAACCAGUACAACCAUCGAGGCAGUUAUAGAGGCAGUUAUUACAACACGCCGAUGCCGAGAACAAUUCAAACUCAAAGCACACCUGUCCACAUCAGCGCUCUCUUCGCGGACAAAAUGGUUAACUGGCAGCUGAACCUCUUCAAAAAGCGAAGCGACUGUUCCAACCGUGGUGUGCGGUGUGAUUCACUGCCUGCGGCCAGAAUGAGAAUGUCCACGUCCAACUUCCAGUACCAGGGCAGCAUCCGCUACAGCAACCGGCUGCUGUUAAGCUGCCAAGGAAGAUACAUUUUCCACAUUAUGGACUUCAAGGAUACAUUUGCUUAUGUGCCCACUGGCGAGAAUGUAACGUACCCCUGCACCGAUGAAGAGCAUAUCUACCACUUUGUGGUGAGGCCCGAAUACAUCCAUCUCUCAGUCGCCAACAUGCAGAAGCUCGGAGCCAUGCUGUCUGCUUUGUGGAUUUUGCUUCUCCAUGUUUCUCCUCUCGGAUCCAUGAAAUUGAGCCUUUUCAAAAGCCCGAUGGGGUCGCCAGAGGUUGGUGAUAUACGGUUGGCGGGUGCGAAGACCCACUCUCAGGGCCGGGUGGAGGUCUACCUUCACGGGGAAUGGGGAACCGUGUGUCACAACGGCUGGGAUUUGCCCGACGCGCAGGUGGUGUGUCGUCAGCUGCACUUCAGAGGAGCCGUAUCUGCCGUCGCUGGAGGGACGUUUGGCGAAGGAUCCGGACAGAUUUGGCUUGACCGGACGAAGUGUGUUGGCACAGAGAACUCUCUUUCCAACUGUUCCUACAAUGGAUGGGGAAUAAGGGAUUGCACACACAAGCAAGAUGCUGGAGUUAUUUGUGUAGCAGGCACUAGUGAGAACUAUGUGGACCAUAGUCUUGAUCUGUCUGAUGAUCUUGGGCAACUCUUUGACAGCGAGGAGGGCUGCGACUUCCUUAUCCAAGGACAAACUUACACCGGCCUUGAACGAUACGAUGGGGAGAUGGUGAACACAACAGUGUGCGCACACAGGAUGAUCCUCUCACGUUUCCCUGGCUUCAAAGCCUCUACUGAUGUCGACCAAAUAUCAAUUAAUCUCACCCAGAAUUGCCGUCCUCAUCUACCCAGUUUGAUCAGGUACGUUUACACGCGGAGACUGGAAGUAACCACGACUACAGCCGAGUGUUUCCACCAGUUGGCUUCGCACUUUGGAAUGAGGAGGUUGAUGGAGGACGCCGGGCGCCUCUUCACCAAGCUUCUCCCUGAGGACCGCUCCUUCCUCACCCAGGUCUCCUUCUACGAGUACUCGGUGGGAGCAGGCGACCGGGUGCUGCAGGAGAACUGUCUCCAGUACAUGGCGUGGAACUUCCAGAAGCUCAGCACCUCCAAGGCCUGGAGCUCUGUGUCAGCAGAACUGCUGCAGGCCCUUCUGUCCCGCUCUGACCUGGUGGUGCCGGGCGAGACCUUCGUCCUGGCAGCGCUGGAGGACUGGGUCUCCCAGGUGAACCGGACGACCAGUGAGGAGCAGCAGGCCGUCUUGUUGGCCCGUGUGCGCUUCCCUAUGAUCCCCGCCAAGGAGCUCUUCGAGGUACGCUUCACCUCCGCCCUCUACUCCGCCCAUCAGACUCUGUAUCAGGAGAAGCUUCUGAAAGGGUUUGAAGCGCACUCACUGCCCUUCGGCACUCUGAAGAACAGCUCCACUUUCCAGAGAAACGACCAGGAUUACCAGCCCAGGAUCUACACUGGCCCCCCGUGGAGCGUUACGUUUAACCAAAGCGUAGAAACCGUCCAGCGUCAGAUCAACAACCAGUACAACCAUCGAGGCAGUUAUAGAGGCAGUUAUUACAACACGCCGAUGCCGAGAACAAUUCAAACUCAAAGCACACCUGUCCACAUCAGCGCUCUCUUCGCGGACAAAAUGGUUAACUGGCAGCUGAACCUCUUCAAAAAGCGAAGCGACUGUUCCAACAGUGGUGUGCGGUGUGAUUCACUGCCUGCGGCCAGAAUGAGAAUGUCCACGUCCAACUUCCAGUACCAGGGCAGCAUCCGCUACAGCAACCGGCUGCUGUUAAGCUGCCAAGGAAGAUUCAUUUUCCACAUUAUGGACUUCAAGGAUACAUUUGCUUUUGUGCCCACUGGCGAGAAUGUAACGUACCCCUGCGCCGAUGAAGAGUAUAUCUACCACUUUGUGGUGAGGCCCGAAUACAUCUGAGCCCACCGCCUCUCGGUGGUGGUGAUGCUGGUAGGGGUGGUGGGGGUGGUGGGGUCGGCGGUGGGGGGUGGGGGGUGGGGGUGGUGGGGUCGGUGGUGGUGGUGGGGGUGUUGGUGUUGGUGUUGGUAGGAUGGGGGUGGUCGGGAUGUAAGAUUUGUGAUGGGCAGCCAUAGUUGUGUUUACAUGCAAUAUAGCCUUUAUGUUUGCUGCCUUUGAGAGGCGGUGACGGAUCCCGGUGUCCCUCUUGUCUCCUCUGAACCUUGGUUCGAUCUUGGUUUGGUUUUGACCUGCCUCUGGUUACUGGGAUCAAACCCUACUUAACUCAUGAGAAAGCCAACGCUGCCAAGUAUGUUUUGAAAGCCUUAAAAUAAAAGCAAUUCAAAUAAAUCUGUCUUUAUUUGC